CACGUCUUUCAUUUUUUUGUGAUGGAUACCAUCUCGAAUUCCAAUGUGACUGGCGAUCCUACUGCUCAGCUCCGGCCAAAUUCUCCCCGGCGAUAUUUCAGCUUUACUUCAACGCCACGCACGGCGGGGGAUUGAAUUUUCUUUUGAUUCUUUCCUUACUGAAUUUUUCUCUACGGUAAAAUCUCUAUUUGACACCUUCUCCUUCUCUGGUCUUACCUUGCAUUUUGAAUUUGAAAUUCCCUUCUCUUUGACCUCCAUUUAUUUAGACCUACUUGGAUUUUUUUCAACGAUCAUGAAUCGGAUUGAAUCUUCCUGCAUUUUGUCAAAGUGAAGAUUUGGGGUUAUUUUUUUCUCUACAUUUUAUGUUUGAUGCUUGGCGACAAUCGCUCCUCCUUAAUUAUAUAUAUAUUUAGAGAGAGGGGUAGAUAGAUUUGGGGAUUUUCUUUUUUCUAAGGUCAUUUCUGAAUUUGGAGGUUUGCAUAUCUGUUGCUAAAAUGGAGGCGAAAUCCAAAAAUGGCAAGGAACAAAGAUCGAAUUGUUGUAACCCAGUUCAGAAACCAGGGCCAGUGACCAUGGAACAUGUUCUAUUGGCUCUGGGAGAGACCAAGGAGGAGAGGGAGCAGAGAAUUCGUGCUCUUUUUAAUUUUUUUGAUGCUGCGAAUUGUGGGUAUCUAGACUAUAACCAGAUUGAGAAGGGUCUUUCUGCGCUCCAAAUACCUGCCGAUUACAAGUAUGCUAAGGAUUUGUUGAAUGUGUGUGAUGCCAAUAAAGAUGGGCGUGUUGACUACCAGGAGUUUAAGCGAUAUAUGGACGAUAAGGAGCUUGAUGUCUACCGUAUUUUUCAAGCCAUUGAUGUUGAACAUAAUGGUUGCAUUUUGCCAGAAGAGCUGUAUGAUGCACUUCUCAGGGCAGGGAUUGAAAUUGAUGAUGAGGAGCUUGCACAUUUUGUUGAGCGAGUGGAUAAGGAUAACAACGGUGUUAUAACAUUUGAAGAAUGGAGAGACUUUCUUCUGCUGUACCCUCAUGAGGCUACUUUUGAGAACAUCUAUCAUUACUUGGAAAGGGUAUGCCUGGUUGACAUUGGGGAACAGGCUGCUAUCCCAGAAGGCAUCAGUAAGCAUAUUCAUGCUUACAGAUAUCUGAUUGCAGGAGGAGUAGCAGGAGCAGCAUCUCGUACAGCAACUGCACCUCUUGAUCGUCUAAAGGUCGUUUUGCAAGUACAAACAACACCUGCUCGUAUAAUGCCAGCACUGAGGGAUCUAUGGAAGGAAGGAGGUGUCCUGGGAUUUUUCCGAGGCAAUGGAUUAAAUGUUUUGAAAGUGGCACCAGAAAGUGCUAUCAGAUUCUACACCUAUGAAAUGCUUAAAAAGUUCAUUGCGCAAGCAAAAGGAGGAGAUAAAGCCGAUAUUGGUACUCUAGGGCGACUUUGUUCUGGUGGUGUCGCUGGUGCUGUAGCACAAACUGCUGUUUAUCCAAUGGAUCUUGUAAAAACCCGAUUGCAAACUUAUGCUUGUGAAAAUGGGAAAAUUCCUAACCUUGGGGCAAUGACAAGGGAUAUAUGGGUUCAGGAAGGACCCCGGGCAUUCUACAGGGGCCUUAUUCCAUCUCUUUUAGGAAUCAUCCCUUAUGCAGGCAUUGAUCUUGCUGCAUAUGAGACCUUAAAAGAUAUUUCCAAGAAGUACAUUCUUCAGGACAGUGAACCUGGUCCUCUUGUGCAACUGGGAUGUGGGACUGUGUCUGGAGCUCUUGGAGCAACAUGUGUUUACCCAUUGCAGGUUGUCAGAACAAGAAUGCAAGCUCAGCGUUCUGACAUGGGUGCUGCUUACAACGGAAUGUCAGAUGUAUUCAGAAGAACUUUUCAACAUGAAGGGAUUAGGGGAUUCUACAAAGGGAUAUUCCCGAACAUGCUCAAAGUAGUUCCAUCUGCAAGCAUUACCUAUAUGGUUUAUGAGGCCAUGAAAAAGAGUCUGGAUUUGGAAUAAUAAAUUGUGCUGCUAUUAUCAUACUUCAACUACAACUGACAUGGCUAACUGUCUGCAUGACAAAUUGUGGGGAUGGUCUGUUGAUGAAGAUUUAAAUGAUUGUAAUAAGUUUAGUAAUUGAGUAGGUUAGGAUUGCUUCUAUUAUAUUGAUAGAAAAUCCUGCAUCAAAUACAUUGAAGGACAAAAUUGGGUUGUCCAUAUGCUUUCGCACUUUUGUUGUACGAUACAAAAGCAUAAAGGAUAAUGCACUCAAUAACUGAGUUUGUAAUUCUUUUUAGUGGCAAAUUUUGAUAGAAUUAUUAUAAAACCUAUGCCUUUUUUUUAGUA